UCCAGCUUCCAGAAGCUGCGGCGACGGCGCCGCCUCCGCCCCGGGGCUCCGGCUUCCUGCCCGGCUCGUCCGGCUCGCGGGUCAUGGAGCUCGGAGCUGCGGAUCGGGAGCAGCCGGCGCGUCCCAACCUGCCCUCCAGGUCCCCGGCUCCCAUCCCUUCCCAGCGUGAUCCCUGGAGGCAGCAGCCCCCCGGCUGCUGAGUGGCAGUGACGGCAUGAAGGCUCCGGGUCGGCUCCUACUCGUCAUGCUGUGCUCCUUGGGCUUUUCCGCUGUCUACAUCCUGCUGUGCUGCUGGGCGUGCCUGCCCUUCUGCCUGGCCUCCUGCCUGGACUCCCACCUCUCUAUCAACCCCAGGCCCACUGUGCCAGGGCCCCAGCACUUCAGUGGCUACAGCAGCGUGCCAGAUGGCAAGCCGCUGGUCCGAGAGCCGUGCCGCAGCUGUGCCGUGGUGUCCAGCUCGGGCCAGAUGCUGGGCUCGGGCCUGGGUGCCAAGAUUGACGGUGCUGAGUGUGUGCUGCGCAUGAACCAGGCGCCCACCGUGGGCUUCGAGGCGGACGUGGGCCGGCGCAGCACCCUGCGGGUCAUCUCCCACACCAGCGUGCCGCUGCUGCUGCGGAACUACUCUCACUACUUCCAGCAGGCCCGCGACACCGUCUACGUGGUGUGGGGCCAGGGGAGACACAUGGACCGGGCGCUGGGCGGCCGUACCUACCGCGUGCUGCUGCAGCUCACCAGGACGUACCCGGGCCUGCAGGUGUACACCUUCACCGAGCGCAUGAUGGCCUACUGCGACCAGGUCUUCCAGGACGAGACGGGCAAGAACCGGAGGCAGUCGGGCUCCUUUCUCAGCACUGGCUGGUUCACCAUGAUUCUCGCCCUGGAGCUGUGUGAGGAGAUCGUGGUCUAUGGAAUGGUCAGCGACAGCUACUGCAGGGAGGAGAGCCACCCCUCAGUGCCUUACCACUACUUCGAGAAGGGCCGGCUGGACGAGUGUCAGAUGUACCUGGCACACGAGCGGGCACCCCGCAGCGCUCACCGCUUCAUCACUGAGAAGGCCGUGUUCUCCCGCUGGGCCAAGAAGAGGCCCAUCGUGUUCGCCCACCCGUCCUGGAGGACCCAGUAGCCCCAUCGCCCAGCCAGCCACAACGCCUUCACCAGGCCUCUGUUCUGACCACACUCCACCAAAAACAUUUAAUUUAUGGAUCCUGCCUCCUAUCAUGUGCCGAGCAGACCGAAGUUCCCUUCCUGCCCUACCCUGGGGACACUUGGAGCCAUCUCAGGCCUCCAGACUUAGGGGGAGAAGAGGAGGGCCAUGGUGACCUUUGCACCCUCCUCCCUACCCUUGCUCCCUGAGUAAUCUGAGUCAGGUUCAUCCCACCUCUGAGUCUGUCCGGUGGCGUUUGCUCCCGGGGGCUGGUGGCGCCUCAUUCACCAGCACCAUGAAUUUCAACCGAGCACCAGCCCUGGCCCUUCCUCUCUGCACUCCCUCUCCACCUGCCAUUGGUGCCACACUUCCCAGGCUGGUCGCCCUGGUCAGGGCAACCCAGAGCUUGGGGUUUGUUGGGCGAAGGGGCCUUUGAACUGUGACUGCCAGGGCCGCCUCUGGAGUGUAUGGGUAAACAUGUUUUCUGAAAGCC